CUGUAUUUUGAGGCUCCUCGCUGGCUGAAGAUCUCUGUCUCUCGCUCCGACGGGAGGCAUAGUGCAGCGACAGCUCUCGCUGCUCCAACGAAACAGAUUUUUGUUCGUGAUCUGAUUUUAUUUUGAUGAGGCUAAUUAAUUUCUAUUUGUGACUUUUUAAAUCUACAAACCGUACCAUGCUUGUCACAAUCAAGAAUCUGCAUGAAGAAUCCUUCACUAUUGAAACUGAGCCCUGGGAAAUCGUGGGAAAUUUGAAGGAGCAAAUUGAAAGAAUAAAAGGUCCAGCUUAUGCAGCUAAAGACAUAAAACUUUUAUACGCAGGAAAAUUUUUGCGUGAUAAUCGCAGACUGUGUGACUAUAGCAUAGAUGAAAAAACGUUCAUCAUCAUUCUUCUGAAGACGCCUAAAAAUGAGCCAGUUGAAGAAGAGAUGGAAAUUCCUACAACUCCAGCUAGUCCUCGUCUAUCUCCAGAAAGAGUUGUUGGUGCAAGUGAUAAUACAAUAGAUAGGUGUGUAGCAGUCUUUCAUGUUUAUUUUGGUUAA